GCGGCGGCGGCGGCGGGCGCGGAGCUGCGGCGGGGCCGGGGCCGCGGGGGCGGGAGGCGGCGGCGGCGUCCCCCCGUGCCCCAUGGAGGCGUUUCCCGGCGGCGCGCUGGAGCAGCACCGGCACCUCCCGGCCGUGGAGCGCCUGCCGGGUUCCCGCUACGGCGGCCGGAGCCACAGCGCCUGCGGGAACGUGUUCAACUCGUGGAACGACUACCUGGGGCUGGCCACGCUCAUCACUAAGGCCGUGCGGCCCGGCAAGGGCUUCGCUGACGAGCCCCCCGCCGUGGUGGUGGCGGCGCCGGCCGAGGAGGAGGAGGAGGAAGAGGAGGAAGAAGAGGAGGCGGCGGGGCCGUACUUCGAGGGCGCGCUGGACCUGCACGACCUGGAGCUGUGCGGCCACCACCACCACCACGGCGAGGGGCUGCUGGAGGAGCGCUUCGCCGACCUCAGCCCCUUCCCGGGCCGCGGCGGCCCCGCCGCCGUGCUGCUGGAGUGCCCCGGGGCGGAGGGGGCCCGGGCCGGCUCGCCCCGCGCCUGGGGCGGCGUGGUGGUGGCGGCGGGGCGGCUGCCGGCACACCCGCGGGCCGCCGGGCGGCUGCUGAAGCCCGAGCUGCAGGUGUGCGUCUUCUGCAGGAACAACAAGGAGGCGGUGGCCCUCUACACCACGCACAUCCUCAAGGGACCCGACGGCCGCGUCCUGUGCCCGGUGCUGCGGCGCUACACCUGCCCCCUGUGCGGGGCCAGCGGGGACAAUGCCCACACCAUCAAGUACUGCCCGCUGUCCAAAAUGCAGGCGGCCAAGCAGCUGCGGCACGCCCGGGCGGCGCUGGGCAGGAAGGGCCGCUAGGCUGCGGGGCGGCGGGCGGCUCCGGCGCGGUGUGGGCGCCCCGCUUCGGCUCCCUGGGAGCCGCUACGGAGGGCUGCGGGUGGUCGGGGAGAAAACAGCGUCCCCUGCCAGGUGUGAGGAGGGGGCGGCCCGGCUCCUCUGCCCGCUGUGGGGUCCCCCCCCCCCGCUGCCCUCAUCGCCCCGGGUGGGGAAGCGGCCGCCAGCACCCUCCUUGCCCCCCUGCGCCCGGUUGCUGCUCCUGCAGGAUGCCCAUCGGCAGCGCUGGGCUUCAUCAGGGUCGAGCCCCCAGCUUGUCGGGUCUUUAAGUAGCUGAGCUGUUUCCUUCACCCAUCCUAAAGCCGGGAGGGAAGUUGCGAUCGAACCCGUGCUCGGUUACUGGUGCGGCAGGCAGCACCUCCUCCCCUCCAUCCCAGCGCCCUGCUGGGGGCAGUGCCCCGCGGCCACCCGUGACCGUGGGCAGCUCUGGCCUCGGGUCCCCGUGCCCAGCGUGCAGCUUUAGCGAGGGUCUGAGAGGAGGAGGCAGCAAAGUGCUUGCUUGGAAACGUGAUGACUCUGGGCAGAGGUGCGAAGGGAGGCAGUAGGUAUGGCAGGAAAUGGGCUCUGCUGCAGCUGGUGUUUGUGACAGAAUGGCAGCAGCUCUUGAAGGGACCUGGACAAAGCUGAGCGCUGUGGCGAAGCUGUAGAAGGGGAGGGUCUUACGUUUUUUAAGAUGAGAGGGAAUGUGGCUUUAAGUCAUUGCAAAGUGGGAGGGAUCUACCCAUGUGAUUAACAAAUACCCUUUAGCUAGAGUAUACAAAAGGUAAGACCUGAGUUCUUAGUGCUGAGCGCUGCUACAGGGCUGUGUCACUUCCAGCCCUCAGGAGAUCGGGACCCGCUUUUAGUGCGAGUCAGAGGCAGGAGGAGGAGCAGCAGCAGGCUUGUAGUUCGCUUGGGGGUCCUCUGGACACGAGAGGCUCUGCUGUAGUUGGCUUUACGUAGGGAGUCACCUGGAAGCUGAGAAAGGCGAUGGGUCCUAGCAGAAAGGGGAGCUUGGAGAGUGAGAGGCAACUGUUGUUUGGGUGAAUUCCUCUUGAAAAGCUGCCCAGCAGGGUGGGAGAAUGCGUGCUGGGGAGAGGAUGGUCGGGAGUGGAGUCAGAGCAUGCAGGAGGGGCUGGGAAGGGGCCCGAGAGGCGUUACUUGCGCAGCUGCAACUGUGAGGAGGGAGGAAAGGGUUUGCUAUGGAAGUGGUCUCUCAAAUCUUCAUCGGAUGGCUCCAAAGAUAGCAGUAGGUCUAAUUAUCAGCUGCAAAGGGACUUGCAUUAAAUAACACUUCACUGUGGUGACAGCUCGCUGUAUGGCAGCUACCUUCCCAUUGUGCGAGGUCUCAGCUGCGCACCGUCUCUCAUUUGGGGGGCUUGCACUAUAGGCUCUUGUAAGCUGGUAGAAUUUAGGUAUGUUUGAUUUUGUGAUGUCUGUUCCACAUAUGUUUAAUCUGUAUCCACCACAGAUUGGAAUUGAGCUCAAGUGUAACGCUAUGGGAAGAAUUCUGUUUUGUAUUUUUGUUAGCUUCUUGUGGAAAUUUUGAAGAUGAGUAUAUGCGUUUUAAUCCAGUUGACUGUUUACGGACAUAAAAGCAAGAAAGACCUAAGAAAAGCGCUCCCAGGUGUUUUCUGAGGGGGCUCUGUGGGAGGUCUGCAACACACCCGUGCCUCCCCUGGUCUAUAGGGUAAGCUACCGCGUAGCGACUGUCCUAUCGCAAUGCCUGGGAGUUUGCCAAGCCACCAGAACGUCACCCUGCCUCGGAUGGUGGCGCUGGCCUCGUGCAGCGCCUGCUCCUUCCCUCUGCCUGUGUCAGAAGAAAGCUGCUCUUGUGUCAGCGGCUUCUGCUGCCUACGACUCCGAGUCUCCUGGUGCUCCCCGGCGCGGGCGGGCCUGCUGUGGAAAGGCCAGGAGCUGCCUGUGGCAGGCUGCGCGGUGCUGGGCGUGGGAUCCAGGCCCCAGCAGGAGCCCUUCUCCUUCUCCCCAUCUCUUUCUCGAUCUUUUGAUGCUGCUGGGGGAGCAGCAGCUGGAGGAGCAGCAGGAGCAGGAGCUGAUCGCCGAACUGCUUCACGUUCUUCUCCACGUUCUUCUCUCCUAUCAUCAGCACGCCGCCAUGAGCUUGCUGCAAGUACAAGAGACAAUAAAACAACCUUUGUCACAUUCAACCAGCCGCCUGCAAGAGUUUAAACAAACAAGCCUAGCACUGACAGUCAGAUUUACUGAUUCUCAAUCUUGCCAAGAGCUAAUAUGAAGAUGACAGCCAAAUGCACAGCUUCAUUUUAUAGUGAAGUAACGGCCAGGAACUACUCGAGCCUCUUUCCAGAUUCAGGAUUGCUGUGAGCAACUGAAGUGUCAUCUUUAAAACACUAACUGCAAUAAGAAUGUUCUUUCUAUUGAUGGACAUGGUUUUAUAAUGUAAAAAUACAUCCUUCUAUUAUCAGAAUUAAAAGCACAAAAGCAUCUCCUUAGAAAUGACUGAACCCUGCAAACAGAAAAUUCCUGACUGAAAACAGUUGUGGAAAUCUUUAGGUGUUCAAUGUCUCAGAAGACAGCACCUUGCUGUUCCGCCUACUGAAAUCAGAGGUAGAUACGACACUGGAUUACGCAACCCCACUGACGAUGGCCUUCAGCGUUCUUCACUACAUGAAGAAUUCUUCAUUUCCACCAAAACGAGUUUAAAAAUUCUAACCCAGCUACGUAUGAACAAAGCUAUCAAUACCAAACCAGACAGUCAAACAACGAAACAGUUCCUGAUAUAUUUUUUAAAAGCAUCUCCACCCUGAGAGCCCUCAGCCCUUCCACCAGCUGGCAGUCCCGUACGACAUGUUGUGUUCCAGUUUGCUCUCUGAGAUCGGCUGCGUGACAGUGCCCAUGUCCGGGGAGCACCAACACUCAGGGCGGAAACCAAACGAGCUUCUGAACAGGACAAGUCCAGCACUGGAAGAUGUGGUAUCUCAGGCUAAACGUCUUUGCUGUUACAUUUUUUUUUUUCCAGGCAGCAGCAAAGUAUAAAUGAACGUACAUAAUUAAACCUGGUUAAUGUACAUAAUUAAAAUAGGUUAUUCAUCAAAAAUAAAUAUCAUUCAUGGUG